GGUCUGUGUUAGCUGCUGAUGUUUACCUCCGUAGCUAAUGCUAGCUUGAUUUGGAUCAAACCGGUUUGACAUACGGUGAAUUUGGCAGAGAAAUCGGUCGUUAGAGCCAGUUUACCGCGUACUUUUUACACAUCUGCAGUAUAGUUAUAAUAACAUGAGUGACAACGAAAAAGAUUUUAGGGAGCAGGUGAGUUACGGUUAUAAAUUAAGAUAACAGUUGGAAAGACGUUAAGCUAGUUUAGCUAGGUUAGCUAGCUAGCUUAGACGUUAGCUGCGUUUGCAGGUCGGGCGAUGGCAACACAUUUUAAACUGGCCUCAAACCUGACUGAAAUAUGUUCUUACACACUUUUUUGAGUAACAUAAAGAGUACAGAGUGUAUCGUAAAUGUUUGACGUUAUAGCAAACAGCCUACAAAGCACGACGUUAGCUACUUCCACUUUAGCACCAUUCGGCUAACGUUACUCAACUUGAAUUAUUUACAUAUAUAUUACAGGUAAACGUUAAAUCAUGACGUAUAGUCAAUACUUAGUGGUUGUAAUGUUCAUAUUUGACUCCGUACAUUAUAAUUUAGGACCAAUCAAGACCAUAUCAAGCUAACUUAAAAUCGUGCAACAUUAUCCAGCUAAUGUUGAGGUUGGAAGAAAGAAAAAGGCGGAAGACGUGUCAGAUGUGAAGUUGUUAUUGUUUGGCGCUGAUGGUGUUGAUGCAUGCUAAUGUAUUGGCUGCUGAAAAAGAAGCGAUCAAGAUCUGUCCCCGCUACUAGUGUUGUAAUGGCAGAUGGUAAAUGGGGGAAGAGGAGGAAAAAGAAGUCAUACAGGUCAAACAGAAGAAAGAAGAAAUGAAGGGUUGUUUUGAAGUAAUGAAGUUACAGAAGUUAUGAAGUUAAGAUCAGAAGUUUUCCAGGGUAUGAGUAAUUUCCUAACAGCCUGCUAUGCUAUUCUGUUUCAUCCUGUUUCUUUCUCUUAAGCAUGCACAAUUUUUUUUUCUCUCUAUCAGAAACAUCACUGAUCAACCCCUCCAUAUAUUUAAGGUUGACUUUAUUUUGUAAAACCUGUCUUUUAGCUUAAGUUACUUGAUCUCUUGUUAAGAUAUGUUUUGCAAUAUAUGACCCUUAAUGUGUAGUGUCAAACUUUAUAAAUGCCAAAAUGUGUUCAACUCUUUCUGGAGGGGGCAUGUAGAAGGCAAUGCGGUCACCUCCUGGCCCUUUAUUAUUGUUGUGUGGCACACAUUUGGGUUUGGAGGGUUUUUAUCUUAGUGUCUGGUCUGUCCAGGACUCGCGGCAUGGCUCAAGGAGCGUGUCCCCUGGGGAAUCAGCAAAAUCCACCAGCCGCUCACCAGCACGUUCAAAAGAUGGCUCCCGCCGCUCCAGGUCCAGAUCCCGAUCUCGAUCCAGAUCCAAAUCCAGGUCCCGCUCCCAUCGAAGCUCACGCAGGCGCUACUCCCGCUCUCGUUCUCGCUCCCACCGACGUCGUUCCAGGAGCAGAUCUCGUAGCUGGGAGUACCGGCGGCACAGGAGCCAUAGCCGUUCCCCCAUGUCAAAUCGUCGCAGACACAUCGGCAACAGGGCCAACCCAGACCCCAACAACUGUCUGGGUGUGUUUGGGCUGAGUCUGUACACCACAGAGAGGGAUCUGAGGGAGGUGUUCUCAAAAUACGGCCCUUUGAGUGACGUCAACAUCGUGUACGACCAGCAGUCGCGUCGCUCAAGAGGCUUUGCCUUUGUCUACUUUGAAAACUGUGAGGACUCCAAAGAGGCCAAGGAGCGUGCUAAUGGGAUGGAGCUUGAUGGGCGCAGGAUCAGAGUGGAUUUUUCCAUCACUAAACGAGCCCAUACGCCCACUCCUGGAAUCUACAUGGGUCGUCCCACAUAUGGUGGUGGUGGUGGCGGCGGUGGUGGCAGCGGCGGUGGUAGUAGCAGCAGUGGUUCAUCACGGCGUGCCUCAAGGGACUAUGACAGGGGCUACGACAGAGGUUAUGACAGAGGUUACGAUCGUGACUAUGAUCGCUAUGACGACAGAGAGUACAGAUCAUACAGACGCAGAUCUCCGUCUCCUUACUAUAGCAGAGGGUACCGCUCACGAUCCCGAUCACGGUCCUACUCGCCACGUCACUACUGAGCAGGGAGGGGGGAGUCAUCAACAGUUUCAGUUUUAUUGUCGAGAUGCUCGUCUUUUGAUUUUUGAUUUUUUUUUUUUUUAUUUGGACCAGAUUAUGUAUGUGAUUUGUUAAUAUAUUGAAGAAAGUUUAAGAAAUGGUCCGUAAUGAUGCAGUCUGUUUAAGAACCACAAUGUCAUUGGUGAAUUAAUCGUUAUAGAUUUCUGGAUCAAGACAUACUCCUAUGUCUGCACGUCAUUGUUAACAGUUUGAUAAGCGACUUCAGGCGUCAUGACGAUCUAUUUACAGAUGUCUUUAUAUGAAUGCAGAUAUAUUAAAAAUACCUACAGUAACAUUGCAUUUCAAUAUGUCCCCCCUCUGCUCUCCACACGGACUGUUAACUUGCAUGAUAUACUACUCGGACUACAAAAGGAAACCAGAAUGCUUCCAAUACCAAAUCUUGUAAUGUUGCCUGCAGAUCCUGCAUUUAUGUGCAGAUAUAGGUUUAUAGAGAUGACCAAACCUGUAGGAAGAAUCAUAAAAACGAAAAACCUGAAAUGCCAUUAAAAAAGGUUCGGAUCAACACCAGGAUUUUAUCACUUGUUCAUCGGCUCAAGGCCAAACUGUUCCCCUCUCUUUGGAGAAAAUCUGUGAAUUAAUGUUUUUAAGUAUCCCUCCUAACAGCUAACAAACAGGACUCAAAUGCACAAGUUGUUUGGUGGUGGUAAUUGCAUGAAGGGCUGGCUUGUUUCUGCUCGACUUAACAGACUUGUUUUUAUAAAGCAGGAUUUUCUGUGGCGGUUAAAUUACUGUUUCUCAUUUUGCUGUUUGUGUGUAGUUGGUUUCUUUAUCUGUCAAGAUCCGAGUUUGCAUUUUGAACUGUUUCAGAUACCAUGUUUCUUUUACAUUUUGUGUUUUUCUGGUGGAAAAUAUUGUUUUGGAGUGUUGUACAUAAACAAUAAAGAAAUACUUGGGUCAUUUG